AUGUGGAACCACUGGACUGACGUCACGAAGAAGCUGAAGAAUAUUGCUGCGGAGAUAGCCACGCCAAAGUACGAAGACGAGGAUGAAGACGGUGAGUACGAGUGGCGGCGGCGGCGGCAGCAGCAGGGAGAGGAAGGAGACAGGGUAGUGGCGCAUGAGGGGAUGAGUGGACGACUUGAGGAGGCGCUGCAUCAGGCACAAGAAGACGUGUGCAGUGACCGCAUGCCGGAAGCAAUGAAUGCGUCUUUAAACAGUCACUCUCACUCUGUAGCAACUCUAGCUGUAAAGGCAGUACUAGUAGGAGCAGCAGCAGCAGCAGCAGGUGUGGAAUCGGGUGUACAGAUGACGCCGCCUGUUCGUUGCUCGGUGCCACGCGAUGCCAUCCUCACGCCGCCGUUGCGCAGCACGCCGUCUAGUGUCCGUCGGGAUAGCGCCUCACGGGAACUCCCUUCCACUGACGGAGGGGCGUCGCACGGAAAGUCGCCGGAGACGGUCGAAACCUCGGCAGCUUCGUCAGUAUUAGCGACAACAGCAACAAAUGCGGUAGAGAACGGUGGUGGGGAAGCACAUCGGUACGAAACUCACAUUACUGAACUCCAGAAGCAAGUGCAGUUGCUCUUGGAUCAAAAACAACAAAUGGAGAGUCAGAUCCUUGCAUACCAAGAGGAGGUGAAGACAGCACACGAGAAAACAGUAACGUAUUACGAGGAGAAUGUGGCAUCUCUGCAGCAGCAGAUUGAUACCGAGAAGAGAGCGAAAGAGCAGCUCGAGGGCGAGCUUAGGAGUCGUGACUCGGAGUGUGUGAAGCUCAAAGAAGAAGUUCAGCGGCUACAGCAGCGUGUGAAUGAGCUUGCCAACCAGGCUUCCGCUAUGAACGCGGAGCAUGAUAAAACAAAAAAGCUGCUGAUUUUGCGAGAUCAGCAGUUAAUGGAGGCGGCACAACAGAUUGAAUCCCUGCAGGACGCACACGAUACGCUGUUGCAGGAGGUGGAGCGAACUAAUGCGAGCGCCACUAAAUCACAACCUGUUCUCAUGCCCGUGGCUCAGUCGGAUGCGCUCAUGGGCAAAGAGGUUGCGCCGACGCCGAUAAAUGAAUCAGCGGCAGUGGAGGAACUUCGCCGGCGCGUCGAGAUACUCGAGCAGGAAAAGCUCGCCGCUCUGCGGGAGAAGGAGCAGGUAGCCCUGCGGCUGCAGGAGGAGCUGCGCACCCACCGCGUCGCAUCGGAGGAAAAGGACGAAAUGAUGAGGCGUAGCGAGGAGCAGGCGCGGCGGCUGGCACAACUCAUUGAGCGGCUUGAAAGCGAGCGGAAACAGGAGCGGCAGGCAGUGCAGAAGGAGGGAGAGGGAGCGGCGGAGGCAAGCACGGUCUCACCGUUGCGGGCGGAAAUCGCGGCGCUGACGUCGCAGCUCGAGGCAGCCAAACAGGAGCGCGACGAGGCCGUUCAACGCGUGGAGGAGGUGUUGAAGGGCGAGCAGCAGACACGUGCCGCCAUGGACGCACUGCGGUGUGAGUCGAGCGACGCCCAGCGCUGUGCCGCGGAGGCGGGCGGGCGGCAGUCGGAGCUCCAGCAGGAAGCGCUGCAGCUGCAGAGCCGCUUGGCAGAGUCCGAGGCGAACAGUGCGGCACUGUCGAAUAAGUUGGUGGCUGCAGAGGGGCUAAUUGCGGAGCUACAGUCUGACGUCGCGGCGUCUCGGCGAGCGAACGAUGGGCAAGAGGCCUCGCUUCUCGCCGCCCUCAACGCGCGCAAGCGGGAGCUAAAGGCUGCGGGCGCGCGGCUGGAGGAACUUAUGCUGCAGCUGGAGCACACCGUGACUGACUGUCUCGUGCGCGCCGAUACGGAGCUGCCGCCGCCACGCGACGGCAUCGGGGCGUCCUUCUCCGACAAAAUAACGCUUCUCGCGAGUGAGUUCCACCGGCUUCUGGGCGCGAACCAGCAGGCCGCGCAGGUGCAGAAGGAAUGGGAGCGCACGUACGAGCAGGCACGCAGCGUCAACGCCACACUCACGCAGCAGGUGAAUGAGGCGUGGAAGACGAUCGGCACGCUUCGCGAGGAACUCUCUCUGCGGGAGCAGUCCCUGGCGAAGCUGAAGCAGCAGCUGCAGGCAGAGUUGCAGCAGUACCGCGACGCGCAGCAAGUCCUCGCGAGCGUCACAAACGAGUUGCAGGUGCUGAAGGAAGAAAAGAAGGCGUGGGAGACGCGCAUCACGGAAACGGCAACAGGGGAAACGAGCCACCAGGAACAGCUGGCCGUCCUUAACGCCGAUGUUGACACACUGAAGAAGGUCCUGCAUGAACGCGAUGAAGAGCUCGCACAGGCACAGCGAAGCAUGGAGAAUCUGCAGCAGGUGCUCGACACUUUCACGCAGAAUAAAACCCGUGACGUGGAGGAGCGAACAGCUGACAUGCAGAUUGAGAUUGAUCAACUGCGCGCACAAUUGGAGGUAGCAGAGCUCCAGCAGCAGCAACAUCAGAGUAAUAUUGACGCAGUCGUUGCGAAUCACCGACGGGACAUGGCGGCGAAGAACUUGGAGAUCACAUCCUUUCACCGCAAGCAUGCGGAGCUUCGAAAGGCGCUGGAUGAGACCGCGCGGCAGUUGAACGGCGACACGAUGAUCGACAAGCGUGUCAUAAGUCACCUCACAGUAAACUUCAUCCACGCUUUUGUAGGGCAGCGGCCAGAAGGGGACGAAAUGCUCAAAGUUCUCAGUGGCCUGCUGAACUGGGACGAGGCCAUGCAAGAGAAGGCGGGGCUGCUGCCUGGGCCCACCAACCCGAAGCCCGGCCAUCAGGGAAAGCGCGGCGGUAUCAUUGGCGGUCUUGUGAGUAGUGUGUGGAGCAGGCCUCGCCGAGCUGGCAUCACCGACGGCAGUGGCGGCGGUGGCAGUAGCAGCAGCGGCAACGAAAGCGGCGCGGCGCCGAGUAUUGCGGAGUUGUGGGUCGAGUUCCUGAUGCGGGAAAGCGAGGUGGGGGUACGGGAUGCCGCCGCUGCAGCCGGACUCCCACCACCAUCCCCAACACUCCCACCAAGACUGACAACACCGGCAAUAGCAACAACAACAUCAACCGCUGCUGCAGCCAUCCCAGAGGCGGAGGGAGCAGCUGUUACGGAGGGAAGCAAAAGCAUCACUGGUGGUGGUGGCGGCGGUGGCAAUUAG